CCCUUUUCCCCCCAGCUCCCUUCACCACGAGGAGCAACGAUUUACUCCGAUUCAUAGAUAAAUCAUACAGUAAAUAGUGUUUUUUUCUGUGUAGAAAUUUUUUUUUGUUGUACGUAUAAAUAUGUGACAGUUAAACAAGUAUUUUUAUACACUGGGAAGUGCUGGGAAGCUAAGUAGACAUGCGCCUUCAAGCAGCAGCUCAGGCUCUCAAAAAAGCUGAACCAUUAAAAGAUAAAAUUCAACAUUGUAAAGAUUUAUUAAAUGAUAAUGAAGCUUGGGUAUGUCAACAACAAUUACAAAAAAUAUAUCAACAAGUAUUAAUACUUGAUUUAGAAUAUGCACUUGAUAAAAAAGUUGAACAAGAAUUAUGGAGUCUUGGUUUCAAAAAUUACAUAGACAUGUUACAGUGUCAAACAAAGGAUCGUAUAAAUCCAAAAAGAUCAGAAUGUCAAGUUAUGUUAAGCUGGUGUUUAGAAGCAGCAAGUGGUUUUUAUUUAACUUUAUUACAAGAAAUAUGUACAGCAUUUGAUCUUGAUUUACCAUUUCGUCGUAAAAGUUAUGUUUAUGGUUGUAUAUCACCAUGGAAAGAAAUUGAAAAUAUUAAAAAACCACAUAAAUCAUCAUGUUUUUAUGUAUGCCAAUAUUGUCUUGUACAUUUGGGUGAUAUUGCACGUUAUAGAAAUCAAUAUAAACAAGCUGAAUUAUUUUAUCGUCAUGCUGUAUCAUUAUCACCAUCAAGUGGACAACCAUAUAAUCAAUUAGCACUACUUGAAGCAUCACGUGGUAAUAAACUUGGUACUGUAUUUUAUUAUGUACGUUCUGUUUCUGUUAAACAUCCAUUUCCAGUAGCAUCAACUAAUUUAUCAAAAACAUUACUAUCAGCAGCUAAUGAAAGUUCAACAAAAAGCUAUCAUAAUUCAAUAUUAAAUUGUCAUGAAUAUGUUAUUUUAUUCUUAAAAUUUCAUGGAAUUUUACAUAAUUUAGGUAAUUUAAAUGAAGCCAAGAGUUACAUUAAAUUACUGACUAAAAAUUUAACAAAGAUUAUUGAAAAUAAUAGCUUUGAUUCAUCACGACUUAUUCAAAUGUUGAUUAUAAAUAUUUAUGCUAUUUAUCAUAUUGCUGGUAAACCAAGUGAAUCAUCAUUGGAUCUAUUGAAGAUUGAACAGCUAAGUUCAGAUGAAAUUGUAUCAAGAAAUUGUGUUUUAAAUGUUAUUGCUGGAAAUUUAGCUGCUUUGUUAUUUCCAGUUAAUAAAAUGAAUAAUUAUCAUUGUGAUUAUCUAGCAUUACCAGCAAUAAAACUUUAUCUUGAUUGGAUUUGCUUACAGCCAGAUAUUCUUAAUGAUCAUUCAUUUUUAUUACAUUCACAAAUUUGGCCAAAUUUUUGUGUACUUUUAAAUUUUAUUCAAGAUUAUAUUGGUGAUUUUGAGUAUGAACAGUUUAAAAAAAUUCCACUACCAGAAGAUCGUAUUGUACAAGGUUUUCUUCCAAUUGAAAAAAGCUUUGAGACACUGAGAUUUAGUAGUAAUAAUUUGGAAAAAGAUUCAGAAGUAAUUAAUAAAAUAAGAGCUGUAAGAUUAUUGAAUCAUGGUAAAUAUUUAGCACAGUAUAAAAUUAAUGAAUCGACAUUGAUAAAUUAUAAUUGUACUGAUGAAAGCAAUGGUAAAUUUAUUUUUACUUCAAAUAUUAUUCCUGAAGACGAUAUUGAACAAGAAAUUAAACUUGAAGAUUUAAAUUUAACUAAAGAAGAGCCAAAAAAUUGUGGUAUUGUUGCUGAGAAAAUUGGUAAUAGAGAGACAUCAACAGAUGAGCAAGUAUUGGUUGAUAAAAAAGUUGGAAUUUUAAAGCCACAAAGUUCACUUGAACGUAGUACUUGUUAUAGCAACAUUGAUACUGAUCGUAGAGCUUCAUCUGAUAGUUUGCCAUCGACUAAAAAAACACGUCAAAAUAUUGCAAUGCAAGCAAUUUUAAGAAGAACUGAAACAGAACAAAAACAAGUUAAAUUUUCAAAUAUUUCACCAGCUAAUUGUGAAGAAAUAAAAAUCAUUGAUAAUCCAACAAAAAAUUGUGUAACACAAACAGCUGAAAUUGAUACAAAACAACGUAAAAAUAAUCAAGCAUCUGGUGCUUUAUGUACUGAUUAUAAUUCACAUUUGUUCAAUGUCAAUGAGACACCAAGUAAUUUUCAAUUGAAUGAUUCAAUACCAUCAAUGAGUAAUUUUAAAAUCCAAGAUUUUAAUAAUGAACAGCCAGUACAAAAAUAUUCCUCAUUUGAACGAACACCUGGCAAUAAUUUUCAUCAAAAUAAUCCACUCUCAAUGUGUGACAAUUUACAAUUUGCAGAUGCUAAUGUUUAUCAUCAACAACAACAGCAAAAAAAUAUACAAAUUGAUUCAAAUAAUGUGAUGAAUUUACCCAAAGGAUCAUCACAAAAUAUACCAACAAAUUAUACAUUUACAAAUCAAUCAUGUGAACCUGCAACAUCAUCAUCGUCAUCUGUGUCAUCAUUGUCAUCGUCCUCUUCAUCGUUGUCAUCGUCAUUGUUACCAUCAUCAAAAUCUUGUCACCAACAAUUAAAUCCAGUGGUAUUUAAAAAUUAUGAAGCAACAAAUUUUAAUGUUUGGAAUGAUACACAGCCACCAAAACCACCAGCAACAUGGUGGAAUACAGAUAAUAUUAAUUUAAUUGAUCCAGCAAUAUCAUUGAAUAAUGAAACCAAUCAAAAUUGGCAACACAGUCCAAUUGGUGAAGGUUCUUCUCAUGAUAAAAAUCAUUCAAAUAAUAAACAAUUUGAAACCAAAGAAAACAACACAAAUGGUAUUUCAUCUGAUCAAUAUUCCAAUGUUUCAAAUAUCACAAAUACUUAUUCAUUAUUUAGUGGUAAUUCUUGGGGUAAUGCAAUUCAAAAUUCAAUUAUUUUUGGUCAAGAACAACCAAAAGAUAAAAUCAGCCAACAAAGUCUUUGGUCUGGUCCUGGACCUUCACCAUUGGAAAGACUUUUAGAACAACAAAAAUCACUGAGAGAAGGUGGUACUUGAGAAUGAUUAUUAUUUGGAUAUUGGAUAUUAAAACUGAACAAGAAAAUUUAAUUAAAAAAAAAUAAUGAAAAAUGGUUUUGAUGGAAAUUAAAUAUUGCAAAGAUAUACUGAAAAAAUAAUACGGUUUAAUAAAAUUAUUUUUUAAAAACAAUUAAUACCAAUUCGGCUUGAGAUAGAAGAAAUAAAAAAAAAAAAUCUCAAAGAAGCAUAUUGCGUAUUUAAAAAAUUCAUGUAUGACAAUGUAAUAUGUGAUGUUUGAAAAACAGAAGCAAAGAAGUCAAGCAGAUACUGUCAGAAACAUGUGUCGAUAAAAUAUAUUAUUGUAUUGUCUUAAUAAUUAUUUAUUUGACAAUAAUUGACCACUCAAUUAUCAAGCUUCUAAACUAUAAUCGAAAUUUCAUUUUAAAAAUUAAUUCGAGUCGUGGAUUUAAGUAAAAAAAAAAUAAAGAUAAAUUAGGCAACAAAAGUAAUCAAGAUUUGUUAAAAAUUAGAUGAAAAAAAAAUUAAUAAAAAUUGACGUAAAAUAUUUAAAGUGUAUUUGAUAUAAAAUCUUAUUAUUAAAAAUUUGUCGAAAUUUUCGUGUAAUAACGAAAUAGCCUUGUGGCAAAAUGCAAUGUUGAAUAAAUAUUGAGAUAAAAAAAAUUAAUAAUAGAAUUAUAAAUAAUUUUAGAUUAAUUUUACAUUUUUUUUCGUCGAAAAUUUCUGUUGUUUCGAUUUAUUUCUAGCAACUAAAUGGAGCGAAGAAUUGUUAUAAAAAUUAACUUGAAAAUUAAAUAAAUGUUUUUUAGAAUUGUAAAAGAAAAUAA